AUGAAUACAGAAAUGCUUAUUGAAUUAGUUUGCGAACGCUCGUCCUUAUAUGAUAUGAGUGAUAAAAAAUAUAGUGACCAUCCUUAUAAAGAAUCGCUAUGGAGAGAAAUUUCCAGUGAAACCAAUCAAUCAGUUCAAAAUUGCAAAAAAGUUUGGACCAGUCUGCGAGAUGGUUACAGAAGAGCUAUUAAAAAAUCUGUUACAGUGUCAGGACAAAAAACAAAAUUCGUAAAAAAGUGGAAAUAUGCGGAUGAAAUGGAAUUUUUAAAACCUCAUAUAAAGGAAAGGGAUUCCAUAAGUAAUAUUAAUGUGGUAACUGAUGACGACGAUGGCGUUCUAUCUCAUUCAGAUGAUGAUAAUGAUAUUCAAGUGGGAGGUGAGACUUCUGUCUCAUUUGAAAAUGACAUUCAAGACGUAGAAACAUCAUUUAAUACAUCCGCUCUAAUUCAACCAAGACAAAAAAAAAUUAAAAAAACCAACUCAUUGAAACCACCCGAGACUGCAUCAUCUACUCUUAUGAAAUAUAUUAUUGAACAAAAAAAUGCUGAACAAUUAUACCCAACAACAAGCAAGUUAGAUGCUAUGGACCAAUUUUUUUCGUUAAUGUGUUCAACGGCCAAACAGUUUUCACCGUACUUACAACACAUUGCGAAGACUAAAGUUUUUCAGAUUAUAUCCGAACUAGAAUUAGAACAACUGAGACAAAAUCAACCACAGCCACAAUCAACUAUUUCUAAUCAGGACUCAUUACAACUAUCACAAGUGCAAACAAAACCCGUUCCUACCGUGCUUCAAUCAAAUCAUCUGCCAAUCUUCCAACACACUCGAUCACAAACUAUAAAUCACACAGAAAAUCCUGAUCAUUCAAAUAUUAACACUGCAGGUCCAAAUCAGUUUAAUAUGUACGAUUAUCCUGUAUCUGGUAAUUAUUACUACACAAAACCCAGUGAGUAG